AUGGCAGACAUACUCAAAGAACAAUUGAGUGCUAUUAAGCAGAGAAAUGCGCCCACUGGGGCACCAGCAGAAAAGAAUGAAGAAGAAAAGACCCAGAAGCUACCAAAGGGUGUUGUUCUGGAUAAGGACGGCAAGCCUUGCCGAACCUGCACCUCCCUCGCAGACUGGCGGGCGUUGACGAAGGUUAAAGCCGGCCUUCCACCUAAUGCAUCGCCCUCUUCUUCCAAUGCCUCCUCUACUACAAGUGCCACGCCUGCAACUCUCAGUACUUCAAGCACGAGUUCCACAUCUGAGAUACCCAAUGAUUGUCCGGCAGACGUUGAAGCGUUAGGUAGAAGUACCUGGACCCUCCUCCAUACCAUGGCAGCAACAUAUCCUACUACUGCCUCACCUCAGCAGCAAAGCGAAAUGAACCAGUUUAUGACCCUUUUUUCAAAGCUAUAUCCUUGCUGGGUAUGCGCCGAUGACCUGCGAACGUGGAUGAAUCAUCCAAGCGGCGCUAACAAGCCAAAACUCUCUGGACGUGCGGAGUUCGGCAAUUGGAUGUGUCUUGCUCACAAUGAGGUAAAUCGGAAGUUAGGGAAGAAGGAGUUCGAUUGCUCCAAAUGGGAAGAGAGAUGGAGAACGGGGUGGAAGGAUGGGAGAUGUGAUUGA